UUUAAAUAUUUUGCAAAUUGAAUUGUUUGUGUAAAGUAGAUAUGAUAAAAAUAUUUUUUUUCUUGUUAGUACUGACUACAUGCAGUAUUUUAGUGAGUUUGGGUCAGCAAAAUUUGUUCGCUUGCCCCCCGAGUCUUUGUAAGCUUACAAGUUGUUCAGCACCAAUUUGCUUUAAAGACGAAAUACUGGUUCCAAAAGGAGGAAUUUGUGGAUGUUGUGAUGAUUGCUACACAAAACUGUAUGCUGGUCAAACUUGCCGAUAUCCAUUUCUUGGAGUUGGUCCUUUCAAGGGAAUAUGUGUAGGUGGUUUAAUUUGUGGAAACAACAACAAAUGUGGGAACUAGUUAUAAAAUAAAUAUAUUUAAAUGUUCUAUUUA